GGGAGAGGAAUCGAAAUAUCGACGAAACUCGUGUGUCGUGGGGAGCAAGCGAGAAAGAGAGAGAGAAAGAAGAGAAGGAACGUGUCGCCAAAACUUGAUCAAGGCAGAGCGAGAAAAACGUUACCAGUGGGAAUUAGUGGUCAGUGAAGUGAAAAUAUUCAUCAGGAAAGGGUUAUAGUUCGCCGCAUGCCGGUCUUGCCGUCGGUUUCGUCGGCUGUCACUCCAACUUCCCCAGUUCAUUUCCAAGAGGGGCUUAACAAUGGCGAUGGGUAAAAGUUUUCGCGUAUACGAGAAAAUAAAGCAGAAACAAGCAAGCCCACAUUCCCUUCUACUGGAACAUCGAAAUCACAAGGAAACUGUCCUCUUCGAGUCUCAGGCCGUCGCCGUUCUCUCUGCAUACGAGACUGAAACUCUGAAGCCAAAUUACACAAAACUAUUGGAUGCUUAUGGCUGUUUGGGUGUUCUUCAAUUAAACGCGGGGGACAAUACAUUACUUUACCUUGUCCUUGUCACAGGAUGUUUCUCCGUCGGAAAAAUAGGAGAAUCAGAAGUAUUUAGAAUCACCCAAACCAAUUUUGUGCCCCUGUUUUACGUGCAAUCAAACGAAGACAGGGUUUCUGAAGUUAGAAAAGUGUUAAAUUCUGGUACAUUUUAUUUCUCUUGGUCCUUGGGACAACAGGAUGUCUUUGAUAUCGCCCUCAGUGCUCAAAGACGAUACAAGUCAUCGAUUACCGACAACAGAUUCUUCUGGAACCGAAUGUUGCAUAUCCACUUGUUGAGAUUUGGAGUGAACACAAGUCAGUGGUUGUUAAAAGCCAUGUGUGGAAGCGUGGAAAUCAGAACCGUAUACGUCGGUCACAGACAAGCUCGUGCUGUCGUCAUAUCGAGAUUAAGCUGUGAAAGAGCUGGCACCAGAUUCAACGUCCGAGGAACCAACGACGAAGGUCACGUGGCCAAUUUUGUAGAAACUGAGCAGGCAAUAUACCUGGACAACGAAGUAGCCUCCUACGUUCAAACUAGAGGUUCAGUUCCUCUAUUCUGGGAGCAACCAGGAAUCCAAGUUGGCUCCCACAAAGUAAAAAUUUCCCGAGGAUUUGAAGCUUCUGCACCAGCAUUCGAUCGACAUCUCACAAUGAUCAAGAGCAGAUACGGUCAACAAGCAAUCGUGAACCUCCUCGGUUCGAGCCUCAUCGGAAGCAAAGAGGGCGAAGCGAUGCUUAGUCAGUUGUUCCAAAGUCACCACGGUAUGUCGCAACACAAGGACGUUCCUCACAUCCUCUUCGAUUACCACCAGGAAUGCAGAGGCGGCAACACGAAAAACCUCUCGAAACUCAAAGCCAAGAUAGAAAAGUACCUCGACUCUUUUUCUCUCUUCUACGCGGUUGGGAAUAGUCGAAUUUCUGAACAAAAGGGCACGCUUCGUACCAAUUGUCUUGACUGCCUCGAUAGAACCAACUGUGUCCAGACAUUCAUUGCUUUAGAGAUUCUCUCGAAACAACUCAGUUUACUAAAGCUUUUCGAGAAGCAGCAAAUGGUCUCGCGAUUUGAGGAAGUCUUCCGACAAAUGUGGAUUAAUAAUGGAAACGAAGUGAGUAAAAUUUACGCUGGAACGGGAGCUAUUCAAGGAAGCUCGAAAUUAAUGGAUGGAGCUCGAUCUGCCGCGAGAACGAUUCAGAAUAAUCUGCUUGAUUCGAGUAAACAAGAGGCGAUUGAUAUUCUUUUGUUAGGAUCGACACUUAGCACCGAACUGUCUGACAGAGCGAGGCUUCUUCUGCCCUCUAAUAUGCUUCAUGCGCCGCCGAGUGUAUUGAGGGAAAUGUGUAAGAGGUAUAAUGAGUACGUGGACACGAUGAGGCUCAGGGUCUGCGUUGGGACUUACAACGUGAAUGGAGGGAAGCAUUUUCGAAGCGUCGUUUAUAAGGAUUUGUCCCUCACUGAUUGGCUUCUAGAUGCUCCUCUGAAUUCUUCGUUUCUCGUGGACACAGAAUACGACAACGUUCCAGCGGAUAUAUACGUUAUAGGUUUCGAGGAAAUUGUAGAUCUGAACGCAAGUAAUAUUAUGGCGGCUAGUACAGAAAAUGCGAAAGCCUGGGCCGAGGAGUUGCAAAAGGUCUUAUCGCGAGACACCGAAUACGUUCUGAUAACUUAUCAACAGCUGGUGGGAGUCUGCCUUUAUCUUUUUAUAAGACCAAAGCACGCUCCAUUUUUGAGGGACGUAGCAGUUGAUAGUGUAAAAACAGGCUUGGGUGGAGCAACUGGAAAUAAAGGUGCUGCAGCCAUAAGAUGCGUUCUGUAUUCUACCUCCUUCUGCUUUGUGUGCGCUCACUUUGCUGCUGGUCAGUCUCAGGUCAGCGAACGAAACGCAGAUUAUGCAGAAAUCACUAGGAAAAUUGCCUUCCCGAUGGGAAGGACCCUCAAUACUCACGAUUACGUUUUCUGGUGUGGGGAUUUUAACUAUCGAGUGGAUAUGGACAAAGAUGAAAUGAAGGAGAUGAUCAAGAGGAACGAGUUUGAUCAGAUUCUUAAAAAUGAUCAACUCAGGGUACAACAAGAUGUGGGAAACGUCUUCAAGAACUUCUUGGAAGGUCCAAUUACCUUCGCACCUACCUACAAGUACGAUUUAUUCUCUGACGAUUACGACACCAGUGAAAAGUGUCGUCAACCUGCCUGGACCGAUAGAGUAUUAUGGAAACGACGUAAACAAGUACCUGAUUUAGAUUAUCCAUUGAAUUGGAACCCAGGUCAGUUAAUAUUCUACGGAAGAGCAGAAUUAAAACAGAGCGACCACCGACCAGUCAUUUCGAUAGUUGACAUAGAUGUCCACUGCGUGGAUCCUGAGAAACGUGAGUACGUUUUCAGACAAGUGAUCCAGGACUUAGGACCGCCGGACGGGACAAUUAUCGUAAAGGCCGAGGAGGAGAGUGAUGACAUAGAUAGCGUCUUCGACGACACCUUUAUUGAGGCCCUAGUGCGAGAAUUAUCACCCAUCGGAGAUGUAAUAUUGUUGAGAUUCGUGGGGGAGACAGUUUGGGUGACUUUCCGCGAUGGUCAGUGUGCUCUCGCAGCAGCGCGCGAGGGACGAAUGACAGUCUGCGAUCUGCCUCUGAAAUUGAGUCUCAAGUCUCCGGACUGGGUCAAACUUAUAGAAAAGGAAAUCGAAAUCUGCAGCAACACUACCUUCUCGCAAAUCGACGAUAGUACGCCUUCAAGUCCGGUAGAAGGAUUCGAUCAUUUGGAAAUUGGAGAGAGUGCCAAUUCUGGAAGAGCAAGUCCUAGUGGAGCUCCACCUCCAAGACCCGCUCCUCCCGGUCGUCCCCAACCUCCAAGGAGCCCUCUUCAGGAACGUCGAGCAGGACCACGCGCAGGUGUCUUCAGCGUAAUGCCAAAUCAAUAUCCAGCGCCUUUGACGAGAAAUAAUUUUGAAUCGAAACCAAGCGAGGCAGAAAGACUGUCUCCGGAAUCCGCAAUUUAUGAGGAGAUUUCCGACGAGGCACCGAGUUACCCAAUACCAAAUAGACCUCCGCCGCCACUACCUCGUCCGGAAGGUUUCCAGGAGACUGUGAGCAGACCUCCGAGUUCGUUCCCACCACCCUUGCCACAAAGACAAGCGCCUGUACCUCCUCCCCAGCAUCCUCCACCCAGCUUGCCGCCUAAUAAUCCACCUCCAAUUCCGGCGAGGACCACCGGUGGGCCUCCGAUUCCAGCCAGAAAUCCUCAUUAAAUUAAUGAUUCUCUAACCAGUCUUAGCCAGCUGAAAUGAUAUAUUUUAAGUAAUUUAUGAAUUAAUGAAAACGAUUAGGCAUAAUUUAGGAAAUGUUCAAAUGCCUGGAAACUCUCAAGCAUUUACAAUCAAAAAGUCCUUGCACUCACCUUUUCUCUACAGAAUCCUUUCUCAAAACGAAAAAAAAAAAUUAUCUACUAUCGGCGAGAAAAUUCGAAUCCUGUGGCUUUGACGUUGAAAAAGUAAGUGAAAAGAAAAUCAUAGCUUUAUGAAAGAGGGAUCAUUUUAAAGGUGCAAAUGUCAUACGUUUAUGAGCCUAAAAGUAAUAUUAAAAAAAAAAUGUAGCUCACAGAUCUGAAAAUCUGAUGAAAAGUAAGGAUACUUGAUAGCUUUUAAAGACAGUGAUCUUUGAGGCAUAGUUUUAUAUUGAAAAAAUAUUAAACAAUUGUUCGUUUUGUGUAAAUAAAUAUACAACUAAACUAUCUUCGGUUCUAAUGAAGAUAAUGAAGUGAUUUAUAUUGGAGAUAUUUAGUUGAACUAUCUGCAAUAAUUUACAAUUUGAAAGAAGUAUGUGCUUCUUUUUGUCUUCGUGAAAAUUGUGAUUUUUGAAGUCAGUUUUUUAUAUGGGAAAGCAAGUGCCAGAAACCAGCGUGGCGCCGUUUUUUCCUCAGCAUGACCUACCCAAAUUGUGCUUCCGAGCCUCACUCUGGCCUUCCAACUUAUGUCCUGUGGAUCAUAUUUAUUUACAAAAAACGAACAAUUAUUUAUAUUUUGCAAUUUUUUCAAUGGCAAUCUGUCCAGAAAUGUUUAAAGUACCACAAUUACUUUUUUCAGAUUUUUCCUAUUUUUUCAAUAAAAAACGAUGAUCCAAAGUUCACUGUCUAUAAAAGCUAUCAGAUUCCCCUGCUUUUCAUCAGAUUUGUAAGCUACACACAUUUUUUCGGAAUAUUACUUUUCGGCUUAUUAACGUAUAGUAUUAGCACCUUCGAAAUGAACCCACUUUAAUUAAUCUAUCAUUUUUUCUUCACUUAUUUUCUCAACUUGAAAGCCAGAAGACUCGAAUUCCCUCGCCGAUAGUAGCCCUUUUUGAAACAAGUAAAAUUCAAAUUUAAGAAAAAAAUUUGUUGACAGCUUUUAAAUGAUUGUUUAGGAAGUAUUAUUUCUCAUUCUAGACUAAGUAAAAGUGCAUUGUAAAAGAAGUUGAUAAAUAGGUAACUUUCCGUUUUACGACUUUUCUUUAUUGUCAGUUAUUUUCGGAUGGUUUAUAAAUGUUUUAAAUAUUUAAAACAGAUGAUUGAGUGCUUUUUAAAAUAAGUAAAAAUGAAUUCUAUUUUUACCAGAUAUAUUUAUUUAACAUAAAAGCCUUUAGAAGGAAGAGUUAUUAUAAUUUUUAAUUUGGCUUCCAGAUCGAAUAAGGGAACAUACAUUUUUUCGACUCGAGCGGGAUGAGCUCUCUUUGUUGUGAAAAUUUGUUUAGAACAUUAAUUAUUGGAAAUUCAAUUACUGUAAGGAAUUUUCUUGAAUUCAGUAAAAACAUAUUAAAUGAAUUCUUAUUUUUGUCCUGUCAGGGUUCAUGUACGCUCCCGCCGAAAAUAAUUAUGUUCCCUUAUUUGAUCCGACAACUCAAUUUGCUUUUGAAUUACUUAUAAGUCAUCUGAAAUAUAAUUUUUGUAUAGAAACACUGAGUUUAAAAACUUUUAGAUUGCAGAUGGUUGAAGUUUAUCGUCAAACCUUUUUUCUGUCCGUUAAAAAUGUUUUUAUUUUUUAAUUUCAAAUGCAAAGGAGAAAAAAUGAAGAUAUUAAAAUAAUAAAAUACCUGAUCCAAAUAUUAUGGGCAUAUCUGAUUGAUGUCAGAUUUACAAACAGCAUUUUUUUUAUUUGUGCUUAUUAUUAGUCCUGUUAAUCAGGUCCGAGAACACAUCUGAAUAAGAUUUCUUCACUUCCAUGACUUGUUUUUACUUUAUUUUAUC